GACUUCAUCCUCCACACCAAGGCAGCCCAGCCCACCAACUAUCAGCAAUCUUCGACAUUCGUCUUUUUUUCAACCUAGAUUUGGUGGCUUAGCCUCUCGCCAUUCCCAACACGAAAUCGUGGGCGUAUACCUCGAUAGAAACCCUCAACGGACCUCACGAUCGUCCGAAUCCCAUCGAAUAUCUUUUUGAUACCUACGAUUACCCCGCCAUCAACUGCCCAUCAUGCCUCCCAAGAAGGGUAAGGAGCCCGCGGCCAAGAAGGCCCCAAAGACGGUCGAGGACCGAACUUUUGGUAUGAAAAAUAAGAAGGGAGGUGCUGCUCAGAGGGAAAUUUCGCGUAUGCAGGCGAACCUCAAGAACAGUGGCUCAGCCGAGGAGAAGAAAAAACAGGCCGAGAGGGAGGCUCGUGAGCGUGAGAAGAAGGCGGCUGAACAAGCCAAGAGAGAUCUGGAGGCUAUGAUGAACAAACCAGCGCAAGUCCAGAAGGUGCCCUUUGGUGUUGAUCCCAAGACAGUUGUGUGUAUCUUUUACAAGAAAGGCAACUGUGAGAAGGGCAAGAAGUGCAAGUUUUCACACGACCUUGCCGUUGAGCGUAAGACAGAAAAGAAGAACCUGUACAACGAUUCAAGAGGAGAGGAGGAUGAGAACAAGAAGGCCGAAACUUCAGCAGACUGGGACGAAGACAAAUUGCGAAGUGUUGUUUUGUCCAAGAAGGGCAACCAGCAAACCACGACCGACAAAGUGUGCAAAUACUUUAUCGAAGCCAUUGAGGAUGGCAAGUACGGUUGGUUCUGGAUUUGCCCUAACGGCGGAGAUAAGUGCAAGUAUAAACAUGCGCUGCCACCUGGAUUCGUUCUGAAGACCAAGGAGCAAAGAGCAGCAGAAAAGGCGCUUAUGGACAAAUCACCACUCAAGACUCUCACCCUCGAGGACUUCUUGGAGUCUGAGCGACACAAACUCACCGGUACUCUCACGCCAGUCACUCCCGAGACAUUCGCGAAGUGGAAGAAGGAUCGCCUCGACAAGAAGGCAGCCGAGGAGCAAGCCCGCAAGGCCAAGGAGAACACUGGUCGUGCUCUGUUCGAGAGUGGCAAGUGGAGAGAUGAGGAGGACUCCGACGAUGAUGGUGACGAUGACGAUGUCUGGAAUCUGCAGAAGCUUCGUGAAGAGACAGAGGCUGUCCGUUCGAAGAAGGAAGAGGAGCGUCUGCUGGCAAGCUAUGAUACUCCUAAUAAUGGCACCACGGGCCAGGCAACCCCAGCAGAGGAUACUCCAGCUGAGACAGCAACCGGAUCUUGAGUCACCAGAGACACAGGCGUGUGGCAUAUGUAGUCUAGAAGACCUUGGAUCUGGGAUUCGUCAAGCUCUCCUAGUUGGAGCUCGCCGGGGAACAGACCAUCCAGAGGCAAGCCGAGCCCUGCUGCAGACCUCACAUCAGUGAUUCCACGAGUGAGAGACGUGUGCAGGUCUACCAUGGCGACCUCGUCAUCUUGCUGAACCUCAUGAGAGGAAGGAUGACGUCUGUCCUCCGAGUAGAAUAAAUUACAGUACCAGCAUACCAGCGUGCGAGCUGUCAAAAUGACAACCAACACUUGUAUAAACUAUAAGCCACAACUGCAUUCGCGCAAGAAAUCGCUUGCUCCAUGUGUUAGAUGUGUGCAUUACCAUACAUGGUUUACUCGCUAUCAUUGUGGUUGUAAUGGUUGGGUUUAUCCUGCCGAGUCAACUACUCUUUAAGGCAUGAUGCAUGAUGGCCAAAAGUCUCAACGGCUGAAUGCAUCGAGAGGCGUCGAUCUUGGGAGUUUUGAGGUCCUGGUGGUGGUGAUCGUUUGUGAAGCACAACAAUGGAGCAGCCAAAGAGAGGUCCUUUCGUGCUGAGGUCAACGCGGUUGUCCAACCCCAAAUGAUGCAACCUAUGAUUGCGGGGUGAGGAUUUACAGUGGUCGCUAUUGGGCGAACGCUAAGUAAGGUUAGGUAGCUAACGAGCUACCUUACCCGGACAUUGAAGUCCGCUUGAUGACAUGGGAUACCGGGUCAUAAUUAGGACGUUGAGACUUGUGCUGUGUUAUUGCAUCCGCGGAAAUGGGCCGGCGGACGUUAUCUCGGCUGAGGAGUCAAUAGUGAGACUAUUCAAGCUCUAAUAUCGACAAGGAUUCAAAUUGAAGCCUUGAUGAAAGAACGUCGUUGUCGCAGGUAGUAUAAGUAAAGUCACUUCGAGUACUUCCCCAAAAACAUGUGAUGAACGCCCCCGGCCGGCAGAUGUUGCACCCACCCACUGAGAUACAGCAGCUCGCAGGGAAUUGGAGGGGUCAAUUACAGGGCACGGAAGCUCUAAACCAUCUUCGCGAAGAGGUGUCAUCGAGGGGGAGCCAGGAACCAAGAAAGAGGUUGGAUUGUGUCUUUGGCGUUUGCUCGGUCAAACCCCGCG